CUUCAGCUCAAAGACCAAUUCUGCAUUCCCCACAUUGCAACACCUACACAAAGAUCCCUUCCACUCUGCACUGGGAAGAAGGGCUAAGAACCCCAGGAUCAGCAACAUGGAGUCCUCCCGUCCACCACUGGUGCAUGUGAAGAGUGUCCCACUCAUCAAAUACUUUGCAGAGGCAGUUGGGCCACUGCAGAACCUCACAGCCUGGCCUGAUGACUUGCUCAUCAGCACAUACCCAAAGUCUGGUACUACCUGGAUGAGUGAGAUCGUGGAUAUGAUCUAUCAGAAUGGCAAGCUAGAUAAGUGUGGCCGGGCCCCUAUCUAUGCCCGGGUACCCUUCCUUGAGUUCAAAUGCCCAGGGGUUCCCUCAGGUCUUGAAACUUUGGAAGAGACACCAGCCCCACGGCUCCUUAAGACACAUCUGCCGCUGUCCUUGAUCCCUCAGAGUCUGCUGGAUCAGAAGGUCAAGGUGAUCUACAUUGCCCGGAAUGCAAAGGAUGUGGUUGUCUCCUAUUACAACUUCUACAACAUGGCCAAGGUGCACCCUGACCCAGGCACCUGGGACAGCUUCUUGGAGAACUUCAUGGAGGGGAAAGUGUCCUAUGGGUCAUGGUACCAGCACGUGAACGAGUGGUGGGAGCUGAGACACACUCACCCUGUUCUCUAUCUCUUCUAUGAAGACAUAAAGGAGAACCCCAAAAGGGAGAUCAAGAAGAUCCUUGAGUUUUUGGGGCACUCUCUACCUGAGGAGACUGUGGAUUUCAUUGUUCACCACACAUCUUUCAAGAAAAUGAAGGAGAACCCCAUGACUAAUUACACAACCAUCCCCAGUGACGUUAUGGACCACGAUGUUUCUCCCUUCAUGAGAAAAGGUACCACUGGGGACUGGAAAAAUACCUUCACUGUAGCCCAGAAUGAGCGCUUUGAUGCUCACUAUGCUAAGACAAUGAAAGGCUGUGACUUCACGUUCCGCUGUGAACUGUGAGUGGAUAUGGCUAUACUGGGAACCUAGGCAAGCUGACACAGCCCACCAUGAUCUCAAAAGUAAAAUGUGAUGUGUUCAAUCUA